AGAGCUGUUAUCAGUGGCUGAACAUGAUCAUCCUUAAUGAAAGGGGAGUACCUCCAUGCAGCUGACUGUGCUUAUUGUUUGCAGAACUGUUAGAGGUUCUAAAUGGCUUCUAAGAAGUUGGGAUCCGACUCUCAUGGGCCUUUCAGUUACCUUGAUGAUGUCCCAUUUAAGAUAGGAGACAAAUUCAAAACCCCAGCGAAGGUUGGAUUACCCAUUGGUUUCUGCCUGCCUGAUUCUUCUCAGCUUGUCAGAGAAGCCCAGUAUGACUUCUCACUGGAAAAGAAAACAAUCGAGUGGGCUGAAGAUAUCAAAAAAAUUCAAGCUGCCCAGAGAGAAGCUGAACGCAAGGCAGAAGAAGCGCUAGCAAACUCAAAAGCGGCUCCAGAGGACAGCAACAAAAUGGGGUUCUCAGAGGGACCUUGCCCUGAGGCCAUGCCUCCUCCUAUUAAUCCCAUCCUCGCUAGCCUGCAGCACAAUAAUAUUCUUACGCCCACGCCAGCUAACAGCAGCGCUGUGAAGCAAAAAGUUCUCAGUCCACCUUGUCCAAAAGCAGACUUCAACCCAGCUGAUUUUGAAUGUGAAGAAGACCCAUUUGACAAACUGGAAUUAAAAACUAUCGAUGAUAAGGAAGAAUUAAAAAAUAUUCUUGAAAUUCACGUUGGUACUACUGGGCCAGUUGUUGCCCAGCUUUUAGAUAAUACUUUGCCCAAAGGAGGGUCUGAGUCUGUGUUGCAAGAUGAGGAGGUUCUGGCAUCCAUAGAAAGGGCCACGCUGGACUUCAAGCCCCUUCACAAACCCAAUGGCUUUAUCACUUUACCGCAGUUGGGAAACUGUGAAAAGAUGUCCUUGUCUUCCAAAGUGUCCCUGUCCCCUAUCACUUCAGUGAGCAGUAUCAAAUCCUUGUCCUUUCCCAAACUUGACUCCGAUGAGAGUGAUCAAAAAUCAUCAAAGCUCACGAGCACUUUCCACAGCACCUCCUGUCUCCGCAAUGGCACUUUGCUCAGCUCUUUGCAGACCUGUGCUCAGAGUAAAGCUAGUGAACUGAAUGGACACCAUAUGGUUGGUCUUUCAGCUUUAAAUGAGGACAGUGGCAUGGAGACAUCAACAUUAUCCUCUUCAUCCAGGCUGCCUUCCCUGGCUGUGUCGACAGUUUGUACAGAAGAAUCAUCAUCUCAAAGCACAGCAACUACGGUACACCCAGACUACAAGGAAACAGAAAUCCCUGUGGUAACGCACCAAAAUUUCCCAGUGUCUAAAGUGCCCAAUAACACCAGCUGCACAAAGCAGUCGGGUGGCCCCGCUCCUGAACUACAGCAGGUCCUCUCUGCUAGUGAGAGGCAGUGCGUAGAGACAGUCGUCAACAUGGGGUACUCACCCGAGAACGUCCUGAAAGCCAUGAAGAAGAAGGGACAGAAUAUAGACCAGGUUUUGGAUUACCUGUUUGCACAUGGACAGCUUUGUGAGAAGGGCUUUGAUCCACUUCUUGUUGAAGCAGCUUUGGAAAUGCACCAGUGUUCAGAGGAGAAGAUCACAGAACUUCUCCAACUAAUGAGUCAAUUUAAAGAAAUGGGCUUUGAACUAAAAGACAUUAAGGAGGUCUUAUUAUUACAUAACAACGACCAACACAAUGCUUUGGAAGAUCUAAUGGCCCGUGCAGGAGCCAGCUGAAAACACAUUCCUGGAUUCUCGGCGUGCAACGGAGCAGGACCAGCCCCGCCACCUUUGCAUCCAGUGUGACUUGCUCUCGGCAGGAAGGAGUCCGGCUUUUCGCAUACAUGGGAGAGUGACUGAGCAAGCCCACCCGCGUGCAUCACUCCAGCGUUUCUCUUUCCACUGAGAGCCAACUUUCUUUCUUAAAUUAAAUUUUUAAAGUGUCCUUUCCUAAGUUUCCUUUUUCCAGCUUGGCCAGAGAGUUUAGACUGCUCAACUCUACUGGAAUUGUACGUAGGUAGAGACAGGAGUGGUUUCCCCCCCUCCCUGUUGCACUGGAGUUGGACAGAAGAAUACUAAGUUGGUUCUGAAACUAGGAUGCUUUGGUUCUUUGAAGCUGCUUUCAUGGUGUCUGCUUGUACUGAAUUACUUGACUGUGUCACAGUCCAGAUUAACUGGUUAAAUUUGACCUUUAGUGCAAUGGAGUUUUAUUUUUUGGUUGAAAGUUAGUCUGUAACUUAGUAAAACACUGGUUCAGAAACUGUCGCUAUGCAUAAAGAGAGAAGCUGUUCCUCCUGUGGGUUUUUUUUUUACCCGUGCAUCCAACAUUUCUGCAAGACAUGAGCGUCCAAUGCCAAGUGGUCUGUAAGCUCUCUUGAAACAGGUAAGCUGUGAACUCUACCUGGACCUGCAGCUUGUGUUGGUUCUUGAACCUGAAGGCAGAGAGCUGGGGCUCAGUAUUCUUAAUCCCCCAGGCUUGUAGGAUAUUUAAGACAAUGCCCUGCUAGGAGAUCAGUUAUCUCUUUUGUUUUAAAUAAUACUCAGUGUGAUGCAGGAGGUUUCUUUCAAGCACUUUCUUUAAAACAAAUAUACUCACUGCAUUAGUUCCAUUUCUCACACUGCUAUAGAAUUACAUAAUAACACCUAGUACUAGAAAUCAGGUUUUGGGUUGGUUUUGAUAGCUCAAAGUAUUACGUUGUACAUUGUUCAAGUUCUAAAUACAUAAAAUAUCAGCAGUCUUGAGGAAUCUUUAAUUUGCUAAAUAUUUUGAUUCUGCAGAAGAACAACUAAUAAAACCCUCAAAUAUAACUCCCAGUGUCAUGGUUCCCAUCUCUCAUGCUCUUUGGCUUCAGUGGAUGAAGAACGUGCUGGAUCCUGCCCGCCCAGGUGCUGCCUGCUCCUGUAGGCACACACAAACACUGUCUGUUGGGCAGAACGGCCGGAGGUCUCUGGGCAGACGGCUGCAGUGGUGGAACAGGCUGCUUUUUUCUGUGGUUUAUUUUUGUUCUGUUGCAAAAACCAAGCCUAGGGAUCCAAACUCAUGUUGGAGCAUGGAGCCGGGAGCACUGGACUUCAGGAGGGGAAAACGGCUCAGCUCGUUGCCUCAGUUGAAGCUUUUCAGUAGGAGGUUUUAGCUCAUCAGGAACCCUGAAGGAGAGGGCAUUUGUCUCCGUUAUGUUGUUAACUUUAUAUGACCAAAAUGUCUAAUUUGGGUCCAGUGUUAACUCCUGGAAUUUGCUGUGAGGUGCUCAACUGUGUUAAUUACAUACCUUUACUUAAAACAAAAUGAUGCUGAGGAGAGAUGUAGCUGGCAAGUAUCUAGGAGAUGUGGAGAUGGAUGAUGAGCAGGACCAGGGCAGAUUGCCUGGUAUCGUAUCCCGUAGUAUUGAGCUUCACCAGCUUCUGGUGGGGGGUGCUGAAGUUAAAACUUGUCUAAGGAUAUACCUGCUGACCCACCAGCGGCUGAAAAGCGUUUGCCCAGCUUUCCUUCCCAGGUGAGAAAUGUAACAGUUUGAAACAAGGAAAUGGGGCUCCUGAUUAAUCAGAAAAGCUGGUAAACAAAACUCAAGCUGCUUUACUGUCACUGCUGAGAGCGUUUGGUUGUGUUGCUUGUUUUGGUUUUCUCAGAAUAUCCAAACAAGUCCCUGUCUGGUACUAGACAGUCCUGAAGGGGCAAGAAGUCUUGCCAGCAAAGAAACAACUACUUAGACCAAAACUCUGAAUAAAAUCAUCUCUUUGGUUGUGUUAA